UCUCAUCAAUGCAUAUUUUCUCGCUCCUAUAUUUUUGAAAUUUGGUGCUCCAAAAAUGGAUCAAAUACGACGAAAGGUCAGGAAGUUUUUGAAGAUAUAGUCAGAAAAACAGGUUUUGAAGGUGACGAACACCCGUUUGAUGAUAUACUGAAAUGUGUAAAAUAUUUAUGCAGACGCAUUGGGGUGAUGUGGAAACAAAACCAUCGCGUAAAGUCAGACGUGUUAAGAAACUACUCGGAUUGGCUCUCUUACAAAGAGGUUGUUACCUUAAGUCUCGAAACUCUAUCUUUGCCAUCUGAAAAAGAAGAAGUAAAAGCGAGUAAACGUGGUCGCCCAACUGCUGAUAUGUUGAAGUGCACAGAAUAUUUAAGAUCUGGACAGAAAAUAAACGUCGAACACAAAUUGCAACUGACUAUGGUUGAUGGAAAAGUAUGCAAUGCACUAAGUCAAACAUCAUCUGCUAAGUGUUACAUAUGCCAAGCCAAAUCAAAAGAGAUGAACGAUAUAGAUAAAUGUCUACAAAAAGCCGUCCACAAAGAACAUUAUGAGUUUGGUUUAUCACCUUUACAUUCAUAUAUUCGAUUUUUUGAAUAUUUCAUUCAUGUAUCGUAUAGACUAGAUAUCAAGAAAUGGCAAAUUAGGUCGGCAGAAGAUAAAACUCAAUUCAUGGAAAAAAAAAUUCAAGUUAGAAAUAAGUUUAGAUCAGAAAUGGGUUUAAUAGUGGACAUGCCAAAAACAGGAGGUAGUGGGACGUCAAACGAUGGCAAUACGGCUAGACGCUUUUUUAAUAAUGCUGGUUUGGCUUCUCAAAUAACGGGCGUUGACGAAGAGCUCAUACUAAGAUGUGCAGCGUUACUGCAAGCUAUGUCAUCAGGAUAUAAAAUAAACGCGGACAAAUUUAAGCAAUUCGCACUUGAAACUGCUAAAGGGCUUGUAGAGAAGUACCCUUGGUUCUAUCUUCCACCUUCAGUUCACAAGAUCCUAGUGCAUGGUUCCGAAGUCAUCGAAAGUGCAAUAAUAUCCAUUGGAGAACUAUCAGAGGAAGCUGCGGAAGCCAAAAACAAGGAUAUUAAGAGCUCAGGAACCUAAAUGGAGUUUGGAGCGACGUGAGUCGUCGGGUCACUUGGUUUGGCGGAAGGAGUCUCCCAGUUCUAAAGUACGUUUUCGUUUUGAAGUUGAAGUAAUGGAAUUUGAGAAACAUCCCCAUGAAGAUAUUGAAUACAAAAAAGGCGGAGGGUAAAAUUUAGAUUAGCAUCCCCGGAUUUCGGGGAUAAAAUGGGUGUCACUGGAAAGGUGGCGUUCUCCAGAUCACGAAAAUAUAUACAUUUAGUUGCCGCUGACUUAUAGUUUUUAAGAUAUUUGCAUUUAAAGAUGAAAAAUUAGCAACUUUUAUAUUGAUAAUUUGCUUAUUGUGAAUAACUUUUUCACUUAUAUUAUGCACUUUUCACUUACUAACACUUCACUAUAACGUUUCUGCAUAUUAAUUUUUUUAAUAUUUGUUGUAAAUAAAGCU